CAAAAACAGAGGAGACUAGACAGGCCUAAUAAGUCCAUGGGUCUCUCUUUGCUUAGGCGGUUCGGAGCGAAACAUCCACUAUAUAAUUGGCAGUUCAAUUCGGUGAAAGGCAAUUGUUGGACUACCGUUUACUAUCAUGUCAAGCACCACCAGCAACCACCAGGCACCACCGCAGUACCGCCCUUACAGACUCAAAAAAAUCAUCACAGCCCACCAACGCGCCGUGUCUUGCGUGAGAUUCUCAAACAACGGAGAGCUCUUCGCCUCCGCCUCCCUCGAUAAAACCCUAAUCGUCUUUUCCACUGAAACCCUCUCCCAAAUCUCCCAUCUAAUCGGGCACUACGAGGGCGUCUCCGACCUUUCAUGGUCCUCCGAUUCCCACUACAUCUGCUCCGCAUCCGACGACCGCACUCUUCGCAUCUGGGACGCACGCGCCGGUGAGUGCGUCAAAACCCUUCGCGGACACACCGACUUUGUGUUCUGCGUCAAUUUCAACCCACAGUCCAAUCUGAUCGUUUCGGGCUCGUUUGAUGAGACUGUUCGUGUUUGGGAUGUUAAAACGGGCCGGUCCGUGCAUGUCAUUCGGGCCCACUCUAUGCCGGUGACUUCUGUGCAUUUCAAUCGAGAUGGUUCGUUGAUUGUGUCCACUAGCCAUGAUGGGUCUUGCAAGAUUUGGGACACAGCUACCGGAGCGUGCUUGAAGACCCUCAUCGACGAUAAAGCUCUGGUGGUGUCGUUUGCCAAAUUCUCACCCAACGGGAAGUUCAUACUUGCAGCAACUCUGGAUGAUACCCUCAAACUGUGGAAUUACUCGGCUGGGAAGUUCAACAAGAUUUAUACGGGUCAUGUGAACAGAGUAUACUGCAUAAUGCCAACAUUUUCAGUGACGAAUGGGAAAUAUAUUGUCAGUGGAUCGGAGGAUAAAUGUAUAUACUUAUGGGAUCUACAGGGGAAAAAUAUGGUUCAGAGGCUUGAAGGACACACUGAUGUUGUCAUCUCUGUGACAUGCCACCCCACCCAGAACAUCAUUGUUUCUGCGGGGCUUGAUGGUGAUAAAACAGUGAGAGUCUGGGUUCAAGAUUGACAAGCAAUGAUGCAUUGGUUAGUGUCUUGUGUUUAAAUUCUCGUCUAGAUACCUCAGAUUUAUAGCAUACUCACCUUUGCCUCAUGACAUAUAUUGAGAUUCUGCUAAACAUGCAUAACCUAGAUUCAAAUUAUGAGCAAUACCUUAGAAACAAAGGAAUUUCCUUUUUGAUGAUCAUGCUAUUUGGACAUACCUGACAUUGUAUCCUGUUUUGCCUGUAUUUGUAUAAUUUGAAUGUGAUUUGUUUGUAUGUUGUCUCCUAUGUGGCAAAAUUAUUUUGCUUUCUUCAAAGUAAUUGUCUGAAGAGACGGCAUAGAUUUAGC